AUGCUCUUCCUGCCGCUGAAGGAGGACUCGUUACUGUUCCGCUUGUGUUUGUACUAUGGUGUGCUCGUACUGCUAUUAGAGCUCCUCAUACCUCUUUUAUUCCAGCGCCGAGUGCGCAUCGAGAUUCCGCGUUUGGCGUUAAACGUGCCUGCAGUUCCGCUAUCUACUCGAGAGUUCCAACAGCGUCGACUGGCACUGCAGCAACAGGUGACGGAACUGCAACGAGCUCUGGCUGAGACACCUCGUCGAUCGCCACAGAAGAGGAGGCAAUUAUCGAGUGUGACUACUAUGAAGAACAUGACGGCAGCUUCACCGUCGCCUUCGUUGGCGUCUCCAGCAAAGAUUACGAGACUGCGUUCUUUACGGAAAACAAGCAGUGGUAAAACGGAGAAAAAGGUGUCUCGACCGCCUUUUGCUGCUGAUUCUUCAGUGCAUACAUCAAAGCCAUCGCCUACGACGAUGGGUGACUUUUUAGCGACCCGUACAGUUCGACGAGGCGGGUUUUCCUUUCACGAGGUGUUUGAAGAGAAAGAAGACAGUGAGGAGAAAGAUGAGAAUGUUCAACAAGAGCGAGACAAUUGGAUGCAGACAGUGACCAUGAAAACAGCGAGACGAAGGGAAUCACCGACGUUCUCAAGACGAAAAAAACCCGUGCGGUUUGUGUUUGAAGACGCCGACGGAGACGGGUAUAUGGGAGUCUUAUUGGAACCUAGUGAGGCCGCUACGCGAUUGGAGGCACUGAUCGAAGCACGUAGAAGACAGCGAACAAGCACUUCACAGAUGCACAUACUUCCACCGCCGCCUUCAAUUAGAAUUCCUUUGUCAGCAGCAAUAGCACCAGCUAAAAAGGUGUCAGAGCACUCUCCUCUUAAUGAGCCCAACCUAACAGUGCAUGGAGUUUCACCUCGACCGCAAGAUGAAGGCAAGGCUAUUGAAGGUGAUGAGGAAAGGAAGGAGCCAAAGCAAAGUGAAGUUUCUUCGCCAGAAAGACAGCAAGUUGGACCUGAUACCUUGGAAGAAGUCGAGAGGAGAAAGGAACCAGAGCAAAGUGAACCUCUUCCUGAUUUCCAGGCAUUUUGCGCUUCAUUUGCAGCCGGUGGCUCAGCAGCAGCCCAACGAGCUGUGGCGAAGCGAAAGUACCAUGAAGCGUUUGGAGCAGUAGACAAGGAGGUGAAUGACAGUGCUACGACACUUCACCAAUGUUUAGAUAGGGUCAAACAUCCGCGAACAUUACGACAAGACACGAAGCAAUCGAGUGGCGAUCACAGUGCAGAUAAGCGCACAUGCCCUGAAAGCUUUGGUUCCGACGACAAGCAGGCGAUCAACAAUACUGUAGUGACUCAGAUUCUAGAAAAGCGCAAGCAUGACCAAGCGUUCGGUCCGGCAAAAAAACAGAGUCAACCAGAAGAAAAGUACGGAAUCAUGUUUUUGAGUGCAUGGGCGGCAUUGGGGUUACCAACACCCCGAAUUGCGAGACAAAUCUCGUUUGAUGACGAGGUAAACGCACUUGCGGAUACACCUUUGACGAAAAUGAUGGGGCGACUUUCAAAUAGAAAGCGCAAGCGUACGCAGCCGUUCGGUAUGAUAGAUGAAGACGACGAGGAUACAGAGUGGCGUGACUCCCUUGCAUUCCGGCCUCAUCACUCUAGACUAGCGGAAUGA